UGCUCGCAAGACAGAUCUCUCCUCAACCAACAGUAACGCCAUGGCUCCUGUCAAAGUUUGCAAUAUGGCUCUGAACACGAAAGAAAAAAUCAAACUGAGAAAACCAGUCGUGGAAAAGAUGCGCAGAGACCGCAUCAACAACAGCAUCGAGCAACUGAAAGCGCUGCUUGAGAACGAGCUCAAAGCGAACCAGACCAGCUCCAAGCUGGAGAAAGCCGACGUCCUGGAAACGGCCGUACUUUACCUGCGGGGAAGCGCUCACCCGGCUGCACCGCGCCAGGCGCCAGCUCCCACGCACAGCUACACCGAGGGAUUCACCAAAUGCCUGGAGGAAACUCUGCGCUUCCUGUCCAUGCACGAUCGCCUGAAGGACUCGCAGCACAAACUGCUGAAGCACUUCCACCAGGCCCAACGACUCGGUGAAAGAGACCUGAUCUGCCCGGUCACCGUCCCGCACCACCCGGCUAAUGUUGGCGCUCCAAAACGCGUCGGUGCCAGUACCAAGAAGCCGCUGUGGAGACCGUGGUGAACCGUCAGUUGCUGCUGAGAUCGUAUCCAUGUCAAAAUCAGAGAACGCGUUGGCUUCUUGUGCAGCCAUAGCUAAAAACGUUCUCUUUCAGUAGGAAAUGUUUAUUCCCGUUUUAAAAUCUAACCUUGUAGACAAAAGUUGUCGUGAAUUCUAAUAUUCUGUAUAGAA